AAUCACGUGCAAUCAUGAAGCGCAGUGGCUACAGUUCGUUGCUAUGCUAAAUUCCGCAGGCCUACAGAUUGUGUGGAUAAAAUGAGUUAUAGAAUAGAAUAUUGCUUUACCGUAUACUUGUCAAUUUAAUUCCUCCGUUAUACUUAUUUAUUGAUAAUAUCUUCUUUUCUAAGUCCUGCUUUGGUGCACAAUGACAGAAUCAACAGCAACUGCUCCUACUAUUCCACAACUUCAACCACAUUUAUUUCUGGGAUUAAACAACACAAUCAAAGGAAACGCUACAUUUAUUACUGAUGACGAUAUUUUAUAUCCUGCUGGUGGUGUACUGGUCAUUCACAAUUACCUUUCGAGGACUCAAAGAUACAUUAAACUACCUCGUCAUUUAAAUACUAUCAGUAUGUUGGUGGUGAGCCCAAACAAGAAUGUGGUUGCUGUUGUUCAGGAAGGUGAUAAGCCAAGCAUUCUUCUCUAUGAUCUUCAAACCUUGAAGAGGAAAAAGGUUUUGAAUAUACCGUAUGAAACAACCGUUCGAAAGUUUGCCUCUGUGGCGUUCACAUCAGACAAUAAGUAUGUGGUAGCUAUUACAGCUAGUCCUGACUGGAUGAUGCUUUUCUUUUUAUGGGAAAAGGGUAAAAUUGAGACAUCAACUAAAGCAAAUAGUCCACCAGCUAAUACAGGAGCCAUAGUUCAGGUGGCUCCUAAUCUUACCGACAACACAGUGGUCUCGCUGGUGGGUCCGGGCAUUUUCAGACUGCUGGCGGUGUCCGACAUGGUGUGGCGGCAAUACGGAUUCCAGAAGGCGGACACAAUGCCCUUCUCCACCGUCUGCUGGCUCACUCCCGAGCGCGUGGUGGCCGGCACUCGAGAUGGCCGCCUCGUGUUCGUCGAAUUCGGCGACUUACGCGCUCUCUACCGGGCGCUGGAGGCGACAAUCAUCGACGUCAAAGUUAAAGACGAAUCAGCAGGAGCAGGGCAGAUAGUGGCAGGACAGAGCCUGUUGCAAGUAGGUUCCAAGGGUGAGGAAGGUUCCAACGAAUUUGAAGUCCGUUGUCUCACUGCUUUCUCGCGUGGAUUCUGCUACACCUGCACGUCAGGAAUUGUCAUCCUAUUUGAAAAGGAAUCCAAUUCCAGUUACAGGAAGAGAAAUGUUUUCCGGAUUGUAGCAAAGGACGUGAGAGAUUGUUCAAGCAAAGAAAUGAAUGAGAUACACAACCUCUCGAUCAGUCCAAAUGAAGAGAAGCUAUUAUGCACAACCAAAAGAAUGCAAAUCUAUUUUGUUCAAUUGUGGGGACAAGAUAUAGCUCAGUGUGAGGAAAUCAGCUUUGAACUGAUGGGCGAGGGCCUGCACCAUGGCCCCAUCACAGGCGUGUCACUGUGUGCGUGGAAGCAGGAGGCGAUGACUUGUGGCUGGCUCGACCGAACUGUCUGCGUCUGGGACUACGUCAACGAAACUGUUCUCCUCAACAAAGUCUACCAGGAAGACGUCUACUGUAUAACACUGCAUCCCACUGGUUUGUAUGCAGUGCUGGGAUUCUCGGAUAAGCUGAGAUUUCUUCUAGUGCUAAUCGACGACCUGCACGUGAUUCGUGAAUUUCCGAUCCGCUGCUGCAACGAGGCACAGUUCAGCCGCAGUGGUCACAUGUUUGCCGCCAUGAACGUCUACAACAUCCACGUUUACUCAUCCAUCACUUUCCAGCUCAUCUACACUCUCAAGGGUCACAACAAUAAGGUCACCUCUAAUGCAUUAAAUGUCCAUGAAUUUUCAUUGGAAAAUGUAUUUCCCUGUUCACAGACAGCAAAAGAAGUGGACAUCAGGCAAACACAGCUCGACUGCAUUGUUCUGUCUCGCUCUGAUCAAAUGAUGUUUGUUGCUGGGGACAAUGGAUCAGUGCUAUCUGUCAGGUUUCCGUGGGUUCAUCCGCCAGAGUAUCAGAAUUUUCAAAUGCAUAAUCAUCGAAUUUUGAAGAUGAAAUUGACUUAUGACGAUAAAAUGCUGAUAACGACUAGCACGGAUGGCACCAUGUGCUUGUGGAAGGUGACCGCGGUCGAGGGCAAAACCAUCAACAUGGACCCGAACUUCACCUUCUCCAACGAGAUUCUGAUCAGCAAGGACGACUUGCAGGACAAGAUAAGAGCCAUCAAGGACCAGACGCUGCGCAUCAAGCAGCUGGACACUGAGCAUGCGUACCAGACCCGGCAGAUGCAGACUGCUCACAAGGAUGAGGUGGAUGAGUUGCAGUCGGCCUAUCUCACUACCAUUGAACAGCUCAAAGACAAAAAUCAGGAUAUGGAGACAGAGCACACAAUUGAAAUAAACAAGAUAAACAGACAAAUAGCCGACACCAAACUGGAGAAUGAACAAGAAGUUGAAAAGCUCGAAUCUAGUUACAAUGCAAAGCUGAUUGUUGAAUACGAUAAGUAUUCUAAGCUUGAAGGCUUAUUUGAAUCAACGCAACAGAAGUGCAACAAAAAUUACGAAGAUCUGCUUGAAUCAAAACGGCUGGCUCUAGAAGAGAUUUCGACCAGUUAUGAGAAGAAGUUGGAUGAAAAACGAAUGCAAAUAAAAAAGAUGAUUGAGGCGAUGGAGAAAAAUGACUAUGAGCAUGAAGUGAUCAAACUGCAGAUGGAGAAAGAUUCGGACAAGGAGAUAGUCGAACUGAACAACAAAUAUGAGGAUUAUCUGAACGGUGAGCGCGACCUCAAUAUUCGUUUGAGAGGUGAAACUGGUGUUAUGAAGAAAAAAAUAUUGACAGCUCAUAAGGACAUAGAGGAGCUGAAGUAUCAAGUGUUCACCUUGCAAAAUGAGUUAUUGCAACUGAAUUCUGUAAUAGAAAAAAUGGAGAAGAAAAGAUUACAACUCCACAAAGAAAUUGCGAUAAAAGACAACUCAGUGCGUGAUAAAGAGGGCAGGAUUCUAGAAGUUAAGGGUACGAAUGACUUGCUUGAAAAGUACAGAACUGUUCUCAGUGCCAAAAUCAGUGAACUCCAAGACACCCUUGAACCAUCCGAUAAAAGAAUUGAGUCACUAAAGGAUGUAAUAGCCAAGCUAGAAUCUGAAAUGGAAGACAUGCAGAAUAUGAACGCAGUGCUGAAAUCACAAGGCAACGAGUUGGAAGGCAUUUUGGAGAACAGAACCCGCUCUCUCAACGACGAAAUAGCUUUCGGCAAAGAUAUUCGCACAUUGCUGAAACAUCUCUCGACCGACAUGGCGGCAGCGUCGAGGCUUAUUCAGCACCCAACCAAGCUCAAGGAAGAAAUGAAGAAACUGUAUGAACGUUACAACCGUGCGGUUGACCUGGAGCUAGGCCGGGGCCACGACAAAGAAGCCGACCUUGAGUUUGAGCGACAGAUGAAGUAUCUGCAGAAGGCGGCCGGUAACAUCAAGUCCCUCAUCUACAAGGCUUCUGACAAUGAAGACUAUGAAACCAACGUGGCUCUCAUCAAGAGCAACAUGAGCCUGAUGAAUGAGAUGGAUGACCUUCGCGUGGAGGUGGCCGUGUCGAGACAGGAGGCGCGUGACCUUGACUGCCUGUUGGGCCUUGACGAGGCUGCCAUGCCACCCAGCCAGGCCAGUGCCACGCUCACUGCGGCCAUCGCUCACCAUGCAACCAUCCACAAGCACUGUCAGGCUGACUUGCAGAAAUACAUCAAGAAAAUAAACCUACUCAAACAGGAAAUCAACUGUUAUGAAGAAGCUUUUGCUGGAGCAAUUUAUUCUUCAACUUCCAGUUCGAGUGAUGAAGAGGAGCAAGAUGAAUUGGAAUAAGGCAUCAACAUUUCCAAGUAUGUACUGUUCUGAUGCAUCAAUUCAUAAAUCCAAACUAUUCAUGUAUUCUCAAAUAAAAAUGUAUUUCUUAAUAUAAA